UUUCACCAGAAGCUGAAUCCGACGAUACUGACAUCUUAGCAGCGUUGACAGGUCUCACUGCUCAAGAAAUAAGGGCUUUACAAAAAAAAGUUUUGAUUGUCAAACGUGUAGUAAACCAAACAUCAAAAGAAGCUGCAACUUCUGUAAGGAAAGCUACAAAUCAAGCAAUUAAAAACCUACAAUAUUUUCAUCGAUAUAAUGACAGAACCAUUUAUCAUGAGAUUCAAUAUAAAUUUCAUAGAUUUGGUAUAAGGGCAAAUCAUUACAUACAUGAAAUAUGCAAAUGUGUUGGUAUACAUGACUUAGCGGCCAAAGUUUUGGGAUCACGUAACGGAAUGAAUGUUGUAAAAGCUACUUUUCAAGCUCUUGAAACUCAAAAAUUACCUGAAGAUUUAGCAAAAACAAGAGGGAAAAAGGUUGUGGAUCUUUAUCGUACUUAUUAUGGU